GCCAAUCUCCCAGGUUCCACACAAGGCCGGGGUAUGCAUCCUUUUCGUUGAAGUGACGAGGAGUCGCUGACUCGACGUGCGCAAGGCUCCCUGGAGCGCUCGGAUCCCCAGCAUAGCCCUUGCUUUGGGGGCUGAGUUCAUAAGCAAUGCAACCUCGCGGCUCUUAAUAACGGGUUGACCAUCGGCCAGGAUUCCACGCUUUUUGUUUCGGCCAGAGGGUAGUAAGGAUGUCAGCAAAAUCACGACGUUUCGUUCCAUUUCGUCUUCUCUCACCCUCGCAUCCCGAAUAUACUAGGGAGUGUUCCGCCCACAAGAACGAUGGAAAGCGCUGCACGUCAAAAGUGCCAGAGAGCGCGAUCGAUGAGAUCAGGGAAUUGCACGGCAGGGUCCAGGAGAGUACUCUAGACGAUGACGCCAUUGCAGACAUAUUACGGAAGCUCGCCAGGCUUACGAUCUGCGGGCGCCAACUCCGGUCAGCUGGAACCGUCGAAAGAGCCGUGAAGCAGUGGAGGGCCGAGCUUCAGGCGGAGGACGAUGGGACUGAUCGACCAAACACACCGUUGGGCAAUGUCAAGGCGGAGAUAGAGGAAAGCGAAAAAAGCCCCCGGUUGACCUUCACACCGUAUCAGACUACAGAUGUCGAUACACUGCUCGCCCGCGAAUUUGAUCAGCUCAUCGACCGCAGGAUAAGCCAGAAAUUCAAUAGCCGCGAGUGGAGGGAUGAGCGGGAUCACCUAUACGUCUUUGAAUGCGAAGAGGCAAAGGGCAUGUGCAAGCUCGGGCGCACUAAAAAUCUCUCACGGAGGGCGAGUCAGCAUGACAAGUGCUAUCCUCUUCUGACGGAGCGUUGGUCGCUCUAUUGCCCAAACGCAGAGGUCUUUGAAAAGGUGGUACAGCUAGAGUUUUCGCAGCGCCGCUACCAGCAUGUCUGUUCUGUGUCCAGCAAGACGCACACGGAAUGGUUCAAAGCUAAUCUGGAGGAGAUGGUUGGACGUCUCAAAUUGUGGUGUGAAUUCUCAUGCCAUCUGCAAACGCGCGAAAAGCGUCUGCAGUUAACUCUCCCGCUUGCUGGUGCCUCAUCAGAUCCGGACCGGUGGUACAAGUGGGCUCAAGGAUGGGUUCGAACAUGGGACGAACACGACUCGCAGACCGCGCCGAACACUCCAGAUGGAUCUUCUGUCGACAACGCGAUUAUGAUCAUCGACGACCCCGACAUUGACGACGACGCGCACUCGGUCCCUGGACUCUCUCCUUCAGGCUCUGCGCCCGGAACGCCAGAUGAUGAGUACAACGACCCUCCUACCCCAACCCCAGUGGAACGGUCAUGGAGCGGAAAGCCACCCUUGAGACCGCGAUUGGAUAUACGAACUGUAUCACAGUCGGUGUUGGACGACACCUACUACACCCCUGUCGAGACGAUGGCUACACCCAAAGGUCCUGUCCUCUUUCCUGUCGUCCCCGGCGCGUUUCCCGACUCCCCAACGAAGGGCUUACCGGAGGGAGGGGAGGGCGAUGAUUAUGGAUUGGACAGCAUCCUUGAGAGCAUUCGGCUUCUCUGGAUGUUCUAGUUCCCAUUGCACUGGCUGGUUUUAUGUAUGGAAUCUAUGCUUCUUUGUAAUUUGGAUGCUCAGAUAUAUCCUUGUCGCUUUCGUGCUACUUUAGAUGUCUGUCAUGGUCCACUAUUCGUUCGAGCAAUGUGAAUAAGUUUUCAAAUUUCCAUUAAAAGAGUAUCGAUGCCUGGGCGCGUCUUGAGGGGUGUGGGUUUCUAUCGCGGCGCACUGGACUGCAUUACGCACGAGGCAGGAACUUCCUUACAGGGGGGGACCCACAGCGCAUCUGCGAUGGAGGAGAUUCUCGUCAGGAUUAGCAGGACUACGCCGCUCACCUAUGUGGUCUUAUUGGGU